CAUGUUUUUGUAACAUCCUUGACGUCCAAUUUUGCAUUGGUGCGUGUGUGUGUUUCUCGUGUGGUUCGUAUUUCAAUUUUGCGGAAAAAAGAAGACGAUCCGGGCUAUUCGUUACUGCUUAAGCCGGUCGAGGUCAGCCGCACCAGUCCCUGAUCGGCACCGCCCGAGUCGUCACCCCGCCGCAGCGCGGGACAGCAGCCAGCGGCGGCGGCGCGUGCCAUGCUGACGCUGCCUCGCCGUCCGAACCGGCCUCGGAUCGCGGUGGGCUCGUCUGCGCGCCUCUCGCAGCUCCACCUGGGCUCGUCGCAGCUGGGCCUGAACGCGCUGCAGUGUGACGCCAGCGACGGCGUCAUCUGCGGCCGCGCCGCGCUGCAGCGCCGACUCCGCGGUCAGAGUCGGAAGCUGAGUCUGCCUGUGAUGAGUCGGACCGAGGCAGCCAGUAUCGAGAUCGGCGGAGGUCUGGCUCAGUUCGGCGGCGCCGCGGCCGACCCCGGCUCGGACGAUGAUCAGGACGGGCCGGCGCGCUUCACUAUUGGCUCACCGCUGCACUUCCGGCGGCGCACGCAGCCGUCCGUCUCCCCCGCCCCCGCCCCCGCCCCCGCCGGCGGCGGUGACAGCCCACCGGCCGCCGGGGCGGAGGGCGGAACCGCCGCCGCCGCCGAGGGGGCGGAGGGCGGAGCCCCGGCGGAAGACGCGGAGGGCGGAGCCCCGGCGGAAGACGCGGAGUGUGGUGCGACAACAGGAGAGGAACCAGAGGCAGAAGCGGCCCCCGAUACAGAUCCCGACCUCAAGAAGCGGGUGUUCGCCGGCAACCUGCCGUUCACCGCAUCCAAGUCAAGACUGUGGGACCUGUUUGAGCAGUUUGGCAAAGUAGCGAACGUGCACAUAGUGAAAGCUCCCCACAGUGGAAAAUCCAGAGGCUUUGGAUUUGUCACCUUCAGGGAGGAGGCUGGUGCCCAAAACGCGCUGGCCGCCGACGGCUCGCAGGCGCUGCACCUGCUGCGCCGGCAGAUCCGCGUGUCGCCGGCCGAGCCGCGCGCGCCGUCCGUUCGCAGCCGGGCCGGCCGGGGGGCGGCCGCUGGCGCGCGCCGCCCGUCGCCGCCCAGCGGGCCGUGCCUGGUGGACCGGCUGCCGGCCGAGCUGCUGCAGCUGGUGCUCUCCUACCUGCCGCUGCAGCAGCUGCUGGCCGUGCAGCGUGUGUCGCACCGGUGGCAGGACGCGGCGCGCGACCUGCUGCGGCGCCGCCAGCAGCUGGAUCUGCGCGCCGAGCCGCUGCUGGCCACCGCCACUACCGGCGACUUCACGCUCGGCCGGCUGACGGAUCGCACGCUGAGGUACCUGCUGCGACUGAUGCCGGCGCUGAGGGUCCUCCGCACCGGAGGCAACGUCCGCACCUGCUCCUACAAGGCGCUCGACAUUGUCGCAUCUCAUUGCAAAAAUCUGGUUGAAAUCGAUUUGGACGGGUUUUGUAUCAACGAGGAUUCUCUGAAGAAGCUGUGCAUAUCGUGUCCGUCGCUGGAGGAGGUGAAGCUGCCCAACCACUACCACUUCAGCGAGGCCAGCGUGUGGGUGUUGCUGCGCCACCUGCCGCUGCUGCGCACCCUGGAGCUCAACUCGAGUGACCGCGUGACGGGCCGCUGCUUCUCGCUGCUGCCGGCGGCGCUGCGGCGCCUCUCGGUGGCCGGCUGUACGGGCCUGCGCGCGGACUCACUGCGCCAGGUGGGCUCCCGAUGUCCGGAGCUGCGCCAGCUGGACGUCUCCUCGCUGCCCGAGGGUGCCGCCGCCGACCUGAGCGUCGCACUGGCCGGCUGCUCGCAGCUGGAGCGGCUCACCGCCCGCCGCAUGAUGGAGCCCAUCGAGCGGCACGUACCGGCGGCCGGUCUGCCGGCGCUGCGCCACCUGGACCUCGGCUCGGCAGUGGGAGUCACCGACAACACGCUGCGACAGCUGGCCGACCUGCUGCCCGGACUGACUACGCUCAACAUACAGGACUGUCCAUCGGUGACCGAGGACGGCCUGUUCCACCUGCGCCGCUGCAAGCACCUGCUGUCGCUGGACCUCAGCUACCUUCGCUGUGUCACGGACGCCGUGCUGGACCGGCUGCACGGCCUGCCUCUGAAACAGCUGCACCUGGCGGAGGGUUACCAGGGCGCGGCGGGCUUCACCGACCAGGGCGUCACACGACUGGUGGUGGCCUGCCAGUCGCUGACACUGCUCGACAUCAGCUGCGUGGAGGACCUGUCGCCCGAUCUGGUGGACCUCCUGUCUGAACAGCUGCCCGUCGCAAGGGACGUUACGCUCUACGUGGGAGGUACUAAUCUGGAGGAACUGCCGCCGCCGCAGCCGGGCCCGCUGACCCUGCGGGACGUCAACACAGUGCCGCCGCACAUGCGCGGCAUCAUUGACGAGCUGCAUCUCUUCGGUCCGGACGACUUCGACGAGUACGACUUUGAUUACGACUAUGACGGCAUUGACGAUAUCGAUCAGGACGACUUUGACGACUUCCACGAGUACUACUACGACUACGGCUAUGACGACUUUGAUAUGGACGAAGAUGGCCAUCUGAUCAUUCUCUGAUGGUUUGCGGCAAGGUGGAGGCGGUGACCGGUCAAGUAUUUGGCGUGUGGGCUGGGACAAUAGACGGGAAGGCUUGUCCUGUGGCCACCAGCCGGCCGGCCAGGCCUGGUCAGGACGCUCGUGCCUGGGAGUGCUGUCUCUGGACACCAGCCGGCCGGGUCAUGACGCCAGUGUUAGAGGGUGUCGUCUCUUAUGGCCCCACGGUGGCUCGCGCGCGGUCCGUCCGGGCGGGACAAACACCCGGGCCUCGACGCCCUCUGGUCGAACAGAGGAGCGGGCGCGUGGCAGCUCUGAACCAGUGAGGGACCGACGGCAACCGGUUCGUGAACGAAUCUGACCAGUGGGCUGCGCUUGAUGCCCUCUCCCAUCACGCGACCAGUGCGACCUCAGUGUGCCGGCGCCCUCCGAGGCCCGGCGCGCCGUCCCCGGAUCUCGUCAUCGGCACGCGGCCGGCGCGGCUGUCUCGUGCUUUCUUCACGCGCUAGUCGGGUAUGUGUGCUGCGCCGCGGAGUGGCGGGCCGUGUGGGAUGUGUGGUGUGGUUGAACUACUGGACUGCCUGCACGCCCGCUGCUAGAGUGCUGUCUACUAGACUAUAUCGCGCUGCUGCCGCGGUUGUGGAGCCUGUGUGACCCUUUGCGCGGAAAUCAAGAUUCAGCCGUUGUUUUGAGGAGUUUGUUGUUAGUUUCGGCUCUAGAAGCAGUGUCUGAGCCCAAAUAAAAUAAAGACAAGCUGUGCUGCUUA